ACAAAUGGAGACAGAGUUUGAGGCUUGGGUGUGACAGAGGGUUAUGCUGCAGGUGGCCCUAGAGUGGCACCAGGCCUGAUUUUGUCUGAUGAUAGUGACUAUCUUACCUGUUCAGUGAACACACUGAACACACACAUGUGCCAGGGCUGGGCUGGGUGCUGGGGAUGCACCCAUGAACCACAACAGCAAAGACUGCCAUCCUCAGGGGUAUGACAGCAUAAAGGGAGAUGCACUUUGUAUGCCAAGGCCAAGUCAGAUGUUGGACAGUGGAGAGUGCUCCCCAGAGGCAUACAGGCAAGGGGAUUGUGUAGUUAGAGCCUGGAAAAGCAAUCCUCACCAAAUCGAUAUUGAUUCAGGUUGUAAAGUGAUCCUUCAUCCCUCUGGCUGCUGAUGGCAGAGAAUAGAGAGGGUGGUAGCACUGGGAGGGAGAUGUCAAAUCACAUGGUGGGGGUAGGGCUGCUUGUGUCCUGGCUGCUUGUGACCAAGGUGGGGAGAGGCCGGCUGGAGAGUAGAUUCAGGUGUCGAUCAAUAAGGCCAUAAGAUGAUGGAGCCAGCAGAGGGAGGGCAAGGAAGGAGGAGCUGUGACCUAUCUCCCCAACACCUGUGACUUCCCCUACCCAACUGUGACCCCACACACAGCUGUGACCUCCCCUACACAGAUGUGACCCAUGCAUACCUGUUAGCUACCCUGCCCACAUCUGUAACCUGCCAACACACAGGUUAUCCAGACAUACCUGUAACCUGACCCACACAGCUGUGACCUGGCUAUGAGCUCAGGUUCAGACUGGGCUGUUCAGUGCUUUCACCUGGGCCAGGAACAUGAUGUUUCCUUCACCCCACUCUGGCAGGCAAGCCUGGGCCUGAGCACCUAGCAGGUCUCUGUUGCUAGCGUCUGAAUCAGCAAACAAGCAAAAUCACGAAGGAAUGAACAAGCGCGUCUUCACUGAUACACUCAUGCUCAUACCCGUGGUCACACAAACAUGGGGUCUCGUGGUCAUAAAACAGGGUCUCACACACACCAAGUCCCAGGCACUGGGUCCCACACUUGCACAUACACACUACUGGAGUUUGUGGAGAGUCCCAAAUGUCCACUAACUGGAGCUUUACACAGACAGUCACUGAUCCAGCACAUAUACAAAGGGUGACAACGCAGCCCUGACUUCAGGAACACAGUUCCUUUCAGACACAGGUCCCUAAAGGGGGGAUGAUUUAUCCACUAGGCACUGUAGGCACAGGGCCACAAUACUUAUACGGGCCCACAAAAAUGUUUUAAUUUUAAUCUUUUUUAAUCAGAAGAAAAAAUACAGGAAUAAUGAAUAUAAAAUAAUGAAUUCAGUCUGGAUUAUAUCUGUCCUUAUGCCAGUAUAGUCGUAAAAUAUAUUUUUAAAAAAAUAUGUAUUUUUUUGGCCGUGCAGCAUGUGGGAUCUUAGUUCCCCGACCAGGGAUCGAACCUGUGUCCCCUGCAGUGGAAGCACAGAGUCCUAACCAUUCCCUUAAAAUGUUUUUUUGAGGAAUGGGUCCGCAAAGGUGAAAGUGCCUAGGGCCCAUAGGUGUCAUAAUGCAGGCACGUGGGGAAGGCACCCAGACUCCAGUAUCACACCCAGUCGGAUCUGCCACCCAGACGGCCCCCAUGCACUGCCUCCAUCCCCACACCAUCCCAAGUAAAGCCACAAAGUCCAGCCCCAGUGCUGACAGAGUGGGAGGGGCCACUUCCGGCCUAGCCCCACCUCCUACCAAGGGCACUUUGCUAGGAGUGCAGAGGUGGCUCUGCUGUCUGGCCCAGCCCUCUAACCCAGGGCCCGCCCCUCAGCCCGCCCCCAGACUGGGUGGGGUGACCCCUACAAAAGCUCAGGGUUUCUAGCAGCGGCUUCUUCCUCCAAGAGUCUCGGUGCAGCUGAGGCCAGAGUUAAGGAACAGAAUCUUGCUGAGCCCUGCAUAGGCCCUCACCCUGAGGACAGGAAGUUUGGAGAAUGAGGCCUUUCAGCCCUGAGGUUUCUCUAGACCUGCCCUGUGCCACGGCAGCCCACCUGCUUCCCAUCUGCACCCUCUUCCUGAACUUGCUCGGCAUGGCCAAAGGCUCCAGGGACCCCCUGGUACCCAACCGGCCCUUCGCCACCAUCUGGAAUGCAAACACCCAGUGGUGUCUAGAGAGGCAUGGCGUGGACGUGGAUGUCAGUGUCUUUGAUGUGGUGGCCAACCCGGGGCAGACCUUCCGCGGCCCUGACAUGACCAUUUUCUACAGCUCCCAGCUGGGCACCUACCCUUACUACACACCUGCUGGGGAACCCGUAUUCGGUGGCCUGCCCCAGAAUGCCAGCCUGACUGUCCACCUGGCCCGUGCGUUCCAGGACAUCCUGGCUGCCAUGCCUGCAUCCAACUUCUCAGGGCUGGCAGUUAUUGACUGGGAGGCAUGGCGCCCACGCUGGGCCUUCAACUGGGACACCAAGGACAUUUACCGGCAGCGCUCACGGGCACUGGUACAGGGGCAGCACCCUGACUGGCCAGCUCCUUGGGUGGAGGCAGCAGCUCAGGACCAGUUCGAGGGGGCUGCGCGGGCCUGGAUGGCAGGCACCCUCAGGCUGGGACAAGCACUGCAGCCUCGUGGCCUCUGGGGCUUCUAUGGCUUCCCUGAUUGCUAUAACUAUGACUUUAAAAAUCCCAACUACACUGGCCAGUGCCCACCAGGCAUCCGUGCCGAGAAUGACCAGCUGGGGUGGCUGUGGGGCCAGAGCCGUGCCCUCUACCCCAGCAUCUACCUGCCUGCAGCACUGGAGGGCACGAAGAAGGCACGGAUGUUUGUGCAGCACCGUGUGGGUGAGGCAUUCCGUUUGGCCGUGGGUGCAGGGUACCCUGAUCUGCCAGUGCUGCCCUACGUCCAGAUCUUCUAUGACAUGACUAACCGCUUUCUGCCCCUGGAGGAGCUGGAGCACAGCCUGGGGGAGAGUGCAGCCCAGGGGGCAGCAGGAGUGGUGCUCUGGGUGAGCUGGGAGAACACAAGAACCAAGGAAUCCUGCCAGGCCAUCAAGGAGUAUGUUGACACGACACUGGGGCCCUUCAUCCUGAAUGUGACCAGUGGGGCUCUUCUGUGCAGUCAAGUCCUGUGCUCUGGCCAUGGCCGUUGUGCUCGGCGCCCCAGUCACCCCGAGGCCCGCCUCAUCCUCAGCCCCACCAGUUUCUCCAUCGAGUCCACGCCUGGUGGUGGGCCUCUGACCCUCCGAGGUGCCCUCUCACUCAAGAAUCGGUUGGCUGUGGGGUUCAAAUGUCGCUGCUACCAUGGGUGGACGGGAACAUGGUGUGAGCAGUGAGGCAUGUGGUGAUUGGCACAUGCACACAUUGAGUACCUAAUGCAAUCUGGACCUGGCUACAGCUUUCUCAAGUACAGGCACAGUCACAUGAGUCAUGGUCACAGUCAGAAGUACACUCAGGCACUGUCAUGAGCAUAUGCUAGCCCAUUCACACCUGCUUACAGACCAAGAUAGUUGCAUAAGGAGUUAGAGCCUUGGGCACCCACCCAGCAGAGUUAAAAAUAUUUCUUCCAGAGACAUUGAGCCAGUCUUUAAACUGCAGCAAUCACAAGAACUGACGCUCUGGACUUCCCUGGCGGUCCAGUGGUUAAGACUCCGUGCUUCUACUGCAGGGGACGGGGGUUCGAUCCCUGGUCAGGGAACUAAGAUCCCGCAUGCUGAAAGAAAGAAAGGGAGGGAGGGAGGAAGGAAGGAAGGAAGAAAGAGCUGACAUUCACUGGGUGCCUACUUUUUCCGAGUCCUACAUUUUAAGUAGUCUAACUUAAUGGUGCAAUCCUAACAUGACGCUAUGAGGAAACUGAGGCACACACAGGGAGGGUAAGCACUUUACCCAAGGUUGCAGACAGAAAAUAGAGCAGCUGAGAUUCAAACCCAGGUGAAUCUGGGUUUGAAUCUCUACCCUCUACCUCUACCUCUACAGCGAUGGAGCCCUUUGGCUCCUACUAUAUGUCGACGGUAAUCAGCCCUGUACUGCAGCCUGAAUCCGUUCAGAGGUAACAGCCUCACAAAUAAA